AUGCGGUCCAAGGAACCUCGCCAAACUGGUAGUUUGACAAGAGAAGAACUACAAAAAGCUGAGAGAAGUCUGUGGCGUUCAGUACAAGCUGAAGUGUUUCCGGAUGAAGUUGCUACGUUGAAACGCAAUUUACAAGUAGAAAAAGAAAAACGAAGACCGUUGGAAAGAGGAAGUCCCAUCGCAACAGCGACACCAAGAGUCGACGAUUAUGGAAUUCUUCGAGUGGACGGCCGAAUGGAGAACGCAGAUUGUAUUCCAUAUGAAGCGAAAUAUCCUACUAUCCUUCCGAAAGAGCAUCGUGUUACAAAACUACUACUGGAUUGGUACCACCGUAAAUAUCGCCAUGCCAAUGAAGCAACCGUGUUGAACGAAGUCAAGCAAAAAUUCUACAUCCCGAGACUCAGAGUUCAAAUUCGUUUGGUUAAAAAGCAGUGUAUGUGGUGUCGAGUACAUAAAACAGUUCCUGUAGUACCUCAGAUGGGACCAUUGCCACGUGUUCGAUUGACCCCAUUUGUCCGCCCAUUCACUUUCGUUGGAAUCGAUUUCUUUGGACCAUACCUAAUAAAAAUAGGAAGAAAUGCAGUCAAACGAUGGGUAUCAUUGUUCACAUGCCUAACUGUCAGAGCUGUGCACCUUGAAGCCGUUACAAGUCUAUCCACCGAUUCAUGCAAAAAAGCUAUACGCCGUUUCAUCGCUCGCCGAGGAGCCCCACAAGAGAUAUUUACCGACAACGGUACCAAUUUUGUUGGCGCGAGUAGAGAACUGAAGGAAGAAUUGCAUAAAAUGAAUACAGGUGACACCUUUACAGAUGGCUAUACACAGUGGCGUUUCAACCCACCAGCGGCACCACAUAUGGGGGGAUGCUGGGAAAGAAUGGUGCGAUCGGUGAAGGAAGCGAUGGGUUCACUCCCAACCGAGAGAAAACUUGACGAAGAGUCCUUCGCAACGCUAUUGGCUGAAGUAGAACACAUGGUGAAUUCCCGCCCUUUGACCUUUGUUCCACUGGAUACAGAAGAUUCAGAAUCGCUCAGUCCUAACCACUUUCUUAUGCUUAGUUCAAAUGGGGUGCAACAGUCGGUAAAGAGUCCAAUCGAUGAGGGUGCUACAAUUCGGGGAAGUUGGAAUAUGAUCCAACAUACUUUAGAUAAGUUUUGGCAACGAUGGAUCAAAGAAUAUCUGCCUACCAUCGCAAGAAGAACAAAGUGGUUCAACAACGUGCGAGAGAUCAGAGAGGGAGAGCUAGUUCUUUUAGUGGAUGAAAGGAUCAGGAAUCGUUGGAUUAGAGGGCGUGUACUACGUACCUUUCCGGGGCGAGAUGGGGUUACUCGUCGGGCAGAUGUUCUCACCUCAAGUGGUGUUUUGCAACGGCCUAUUGUUAAACUUGCCUUGUUAGAUGUACUAGGUGACGCCGAAGUCAAGAUUCUGGCGACACAGGGGGGAGAAUGUUCAGUGUAA